CCUUUCUGUACAGCAACGUCACCUCCCAGGUCCCUGAUCCAACUGGGCUGGCUGUGGGGAUGGCAGUGGGGCAGGUACUGCUUGUGCUGUUGGCUGCCUGUGCAGUGAUGCCUGUGAAGGACCCGUUGCUGAACAUCUGUAUGGAUGCCAAACACCACAAAACCAAGCCUGGCCCAGAGGACAUGCUGCAUGACCAGUGUGCUCCCUGGAAGGACAAUGCCUGCUGCACAGCCAACACCAGUUUGGAAGCCCACAAGGACCAAUCCAACCUGUACAACUUCAACUGGAACCAUUGUGGGCUGAUGCCACCCAAGUGCAAGCACCACUUCAUACAGGACACAUGCUUGUAUGAGUGCUCACCCAACCUGGGGCCCUGGAUUGACCAGGUUGACAGCAGCUGGCGUCGGGAGAGGAUUCUUCAUGUGCCACUCUGCAAAGAGGACUGCGAUGAGUGGUGGGAGGAUUGCAAGGACUAUGUCACAUGCAAAGAGAACUGGCACAAGGGCUGGAACUGGGCAACAGGAACGAACCGCUGUCCUUGGGGCUCCAUGUGCAGACCCUUCAGCCAUGUCUUCCCCCGACCAAAAGACCUGUGUGAGAAAAUCUGGUCCAACUCCUACAAAUACACCACAGAGCACCGGGGCAGUGGACGCUGCAUCCAGAUGUGGUUUGACCCUACCCAGGGAAACCCCAAUGUGGCUGUAGCGAAGUACUAUGCUUGGAAAAAGAGAUCCUCCUCUGCUCAGAUGGAGCAUGCGACUCCUGAGACCAACGAAGCUGUGGGUGUUCUGCUGUGGCCUGCCCUGGUCCUGCUGCCUCUGGCCCUUGUGGUGGUCCCUGAGGGAGCUGGGGGCUGUGGAUCCCAAUGGAUGAGGGUCCCUGUGAUUGCUCCCUGA